AGCAAGAGAAAAACGAAAGCAGCUGUAAUCUGUUGGUCGCCGUUGUUAGCGUAUAGGUCCACGCAAACCAACGUGCCGAGUUCGCUGGCGACGCUAUACCCGGCCUUUCUUCCCCUGAGACUACGGUUCACCCCUUCCCAGUCUCUGCCGGUGUUGUGCUUGAGCCAGAUGUUGCCCCACCACGGCGGAAUGGGGCACGGCGGCAGCACCGCUGCAGGCUGCGCACUGUGCCCCGUCUGCGAGCCCGGCUUCAAGCACGAGGUGGGCGACAGCCUUGCUUUCAUGCCGCCGUCACCGGUUCCCCGCGUCUACUUCUGGAGGCAGCACGAAGAGCAGCGCCUCAUCUCCGAAUCGACGAGUACACUCGAUAAGAGUCUGACGCAGCACACCACCACCACAUGCACGGCGGAAUCUGCGGAAUACGACGCGAGGAGCAGCCUAAGCACGAGGUCUGCCCCUACUACGCCGACAGCUUCCAUGAGUGAGCUACCAAGCGAGAAGAACGUGUCGCGGCUCUACGGGGGUCAUCGUGGCCUUAAUGGCGCUGCACACUCGGAAGGCCAAAUGGUCACGUGGAACAGCUACUCUGCCGCAGCUGGCACCUUCAUUUUGCUUGGAUGCUUCGCUGUUCUGGCCACAUCAUUCGUCAGUGAAAAGCCGCCGCUUUUCGAGCCCCACAACGCCUCUGUUCCAGAGUACGAGGACGGCAAUCACCACGGUCCAGUGAAGGGUGACUCCUCGGACCCAAUCCUUGCUGGAUCAAGAAACCUCAUCAAGUACGGUGUCGCUCACAACGAAUCCAUGACUGGCCGACGGGUCACCACGCUGCAAACUCACGGAAGACGAGACAGCAGUGGCCGCCCCUUGCCGCGCCUCUUUCCUUACACGGAGGGCUCUGACUCUACGCUACCGCCGCAGAAACCACGGCAUCCGGAUCAGUGGGACGACCCCAUGUGCUGGACGCAGCCCUGUUUGGCUGAAGGCACAGCGCUUACGUCGUCACUAGACCCGUCUGUUAACCCGUGCGACGAUUUCUACGCACACGUAUGCAACCGCUGGUCGCACGAGCGGCCUUUGCCCCGCGGUCACGCUGUGGCAUCGGUAGACCUCGAACUGCUCGAUGUCUUCACGCUGGAUGCUUUUAAUGUGCUCGGCAGAGAGUCCGCAAACAUGCAGUUCAAUAAGCUCAGGCUUCUUCUACAGGCGUGCGUGGCGUCACCCGAGCACUUCUUCCCGAAGCUGGCACACGAAGCGCUGCAGUCGGUGGCUUUGGCGGGCUGGCCUUAUGACCAUGAUGUGGAUGCUGACGCCGUAUCAUUGUCAACAACCCUCGGCCGCAUGGUGACAGCUUUCGACCUUGACCCACUGUUCGGUCUGACACUGACCGCUGACCCGGCCUCAGAGUCCGGCAUGAAGGUGACCUUCGCCUUUGCCGGCCCUCAACCCGUGCUAAAUGAAGGCAUCGAAGAUGGCCGCGAAUACAGCUUUGUGCGCCAGGCCUUUGACCACCUGGUAGAGGCCAUCAAGGAGAAGUCCCUGCACGAUCCCAUCGAGACAGACGUGCAACUGGCCGCCGUUUUCGUAGAAACAUCGCCUAUGGCUGCGAACGCGCUCAAGUUGAAAAACUGCACAAGGAAACUCGUCGGUGACCUUCCUGAGCUCGGCGACUGGCUCUUCUGGGACAAGUUAUUCGCCGAACUUGUUCAAGGCGGCAUCAACGAGACAGAAGUGCUACUGCCGGACCCGGCACUGUUUACGAAACUAAACAGGACACAGCUUCUGAGCGCCCGUGGCUCCAAGUCCCGGAUGGCUAACUACCUGGGGUUUCGUGUGCUGUUGCUCGUGUCUCCUUUCGGCACCGGGGCUGACGACACCAACGUGCCUGCGAGCUUGGAAUACGCCAUACAUCGAAACUACCCGACAAGCCUUCAUGAUUACCAGGCAUGCCUGAGGUUUGUGAACCGGUACGAGCCAGUGGUGGCCACGCGGCGCCUUCACGGCCAUUGGAAGGAGCGACUAGCCAGGUCCGAGGAGCUCGUCCAGAUGGUGGCCUUUCUACGAGCUGAACUGAGCACGUGCCUUAAGACGAGCUCUCUGAUCUUCACGUCCUCGACGGCUGGCAUCGCCAGGGCGUUGCUGGACUUUCUCAGCGGGCUGUCAUGGCAGGUGCUGAAUCCAGAGAUCAUGGAGCACACCUGGACCUUCGACAGGCUCUCUUCUGCCUACGAGCGGUUGAACGCGUCUGAUGCUCGGUCUGUCAUAGGCUUCCUGCAGUCCGUGGUGCAGACCAGGAGGGAUGCCACCAGUGAUUUCUCGGUGGUCCACUGGAAAGGCGGAUUCCUCAGCACGACGGCGAGCCUUGCAUUCCCUUACAAGGUUCUAGAAGUCCCACUUCCAGUCUUCAGCCUCCGCAGGGCGCUAGAUGUUUCAGUCCUCCACCUACAAUUGGCCAGAAUUGGUCCACGAGUCUACCAUACCUUGUACAAGGCACUGUAUUUCACGAGCACCGAUUUGGCGCUGGACAACAUGACAUGGAAUCCACUUCGGUACUUCGAAACUGCGGCGGAUUGUCUCUGGGAGCAAUACUCUACUGUCGGACGCAAAGUGGCCAAUUCUUCGUCGCACUCGUCACUGCCAUCUGCAAACACAGGCCAUACUCUGGACAAUUUGUUCGAUGCCCUUGCCCUCAGCAGCAGUUUUGAUGCGUAUUGGUUCUACGUCACCGCGAGACACAAGCUUUAUCGCUUCAAAGGCAGCGAAAAUCUCGAUAUGACGCGAGCGUUCUUCGUUGAGUACGCGAGGAACUUCUGCGAAAGUCGGAAGUUGGGGCUCCUCGCUGGCGGGAGCCAACUUAGGACCUCACAGGCAAGCAGUCCAGCGUGGUACAAGGUCAAUGGUCCUUUGAUGAACACAAAAGAGUUUGCCAAGGCAUUCUCGUGCCCACCCGGUUCCUUGAUGAACCCAACCAGCAAGUGCCCUCUCAUACGCAAGCAUCGCUGAGAAGCAGUGGCUGUCGGUUUCUAUAGUGCGUCCAUGCUUGCGUUUCUUUUUUAUAUAAAAGUUGUAAACCACA